UCAACAUAUCCGACGCCUGAACAUUCUUACUUCCGGAAAGCAACCUGUACCAUUUGCACCACCUUGCUGACCAUUCGCUUGUCCCCUCUAACGCUAUAAUUUUGACGGCGACAAAAAAAAAAGGAAAAGAAAAGAAAAAAAGAUACCAAGUGAGAGAGAGAAAGGAGGAUGGAGAGCCUUCGCGGAACUCGAGUUCCUCAUCCGCACUAUUACUUCACCGCCGCGGAGUUGGCGGCGGCGGAGCAGCUCGUCCAGCUGAGUCAAAGCAGCGGCGACUCGGCUCUCCGGCGGAACUUCUUGUCGUCGUCCUCCUCCUCCUCCUCUUCUUCUUCUCCUCGAUCCGUUAACACGCGGCCUCCGCCGGCGGAUAUGGUGGCGGAGACCGACGAGGAGGAGGAGGAGAUUGGUGGGUCCACGCGGCGGAGGCGCCGGCGGUACCGCCGGAUCGAUGAUGUCUAUGCGGCCACGGCUCCCAUCGCUGGUGGUGGUUGCGUCGAGAAGCGGCGAAGAAUGUGGAAGAGAAAUAGUUGGAAACGGGUUUUCGAUGUAAAUUUUUCUACUUUCGGGGUAUGGGCGAGUUGCGCGCGUCCCUUCUCUGGGCGAGUGAAAAGAUAAUAUGGAAUUAAUAAAUCUUGUGGAUAAAUAAUUUCCAGCUAGGAAAAAAAAAUAUAUUUUGAUUGGACAAUGUGAGGAUUCAACUUGGAGCAAAAUUACUGGUUUUAGUCCUUCGUCCGGAACUAUGGAUUUAAUAUCUGGGAUUUA